AACAUGAUCUCCCAUGUUACUUCCCUGAUUUCAAAAGAUUGGGGGGUAGGUGUUUUGACAUUUGGUUUAACAGCAGUUGCUUCCCUUUUCUCUCUUAGAGGCAGCCUGAGAAUGGAGGAGAGACAGAAUCCAUUGGCCAUGACUGUCCAUCUCCUGGCCAGCUCUGGACAUGCCUUGAAUUUGCAGCAAACCCUUGACCGCCUCUUGGGAUGGGUUUGCCCAGAAGUCCAUCUUUUUUUGGUUUCAGAGAGAGUGACUCCAGUGAGAUACUAUGAAAAAUACCAAUCCAAGCGAUCUGCAUUCCCAGGGAUUUCUGUUUUGUUCUUUCUACCUGCAGACUGUAGGGAAGAGAGGUUCUUUUACCUCUAUGACUUCUUCCGGCAACCACCUUGGCAGUCUCAUCCCACACAGAAUGCGGGUGGAAGGUUGUGCCCAUAUAUACUUACCAAGCAAGAUUUCUACAGUUUGGAUCCUCACAUGCCUGUGUGGGGGGUGAGACAGAUGCAUUAUGGCAGCGAGAUCCUUCAGGUCACCUUGUAUUGUAGCUUUGAUAACUAUGAAGAUGCAGUCAGACUUUAUGAAAUGAUCUUACAGAAGGAAGCCACCACACAGAAGAGCAACUGCUCCUACUUUGUUUUGUAUUCAAAGAAAAACUUUUCAAUCCAGCUCUCCUUGAAACAACUCCCCUUAGGGAUGUCUGUGGAACCCAGAGAAUCUUCAGUGUUACAAUUCAAAGUUCAAGAAAUUGGCCAGUUAGUACCACUUCUGCCAAAUCCCUGCAUUCCCAUCAGCAGCACCAGAUGGCAAACUCAGGACUAUGAUGGAAACAAAAUUCUCCUACAGGUCCAAACAAACCCAGCACCUGACAAAAACAAGGGUGACCUUUCCUCUAAACUCAGCCACACAAGGGUGGAUACCCCUUGCCAAAACUCCAUCCAAACCCCAACCUCUGCCAAAAGGACAACAGAAUUAAGAAGUAGGAGAAGCCAAACUGGGAGGUCAGAGCACAAUCCCCCAGGGCCUCCUGACCUGGGAGGGGACACUUUGCCAUAUGAAAGCUCCAGUAGGACCUCCUGGAUAUGUACUUAUUCAUCCCAUUCUAGCAGCUCAUCAGCACCUUCUCAAAGGGUUAGACUUUCUCCACAUCUUGAAUCAGCAACCAGAAUCAAAACACUCCUCCUAGGAAAUAGUUUUCAGAAGCCAGAUACAGAGACUAAUGUUGAUACAGGGUUCCCAGUAAUAAAUUCAGAACAGAAACAAUCUUUGAGAACAUUUCCAAGGGAUUUGCAAAGCAGCCUGACUGCAUCAUGGAUGCCAAACUCUUUGGUAGCUCAAAGAAAUAAGCCCUCUGAGGAGACAAUCCACCCCUUGCCAUUUGCUGGCCAGAGAGACAGUGGUAUAGGGCAGAUAACCUCUGCAUUUCACUCGCCACAAAUAUCCCAUGGAAACGAUGAAGAAGAAUUCUUUAUAUGAUGGGAAACAAAUGCCAGUUUCAGAUACGGAAUCAAAUCCAUUGUUUGGGAGACUGAGCAUGACCCCAAAACUAGCCAGCUUCUCCUGCAUAACUGGGGGCAUCUGGGUAUCCCUCAUGCCUACACCUAGACCUAGGCUUGAAUCUAAAAAAAAAAGUUAAACUUGUUUGUUUCAAAGAAGCAAGAGAUUGGUUUGGAUAUUUAGCUUCCAUUGUAAGAGAUCAUAACCAAAAGCACAAGGAAAAAGAAUAGACAUCAUUUUCCCCCAGGAUGUGUACACAUGGUGUUUAGUGAAUUUCAGGGCAGUUGUGUUGAGAGCUUAUGAGCAGAAUACAUUAUGCAACUCAUUAGUGUUUUCAAUUUUGCUUUAAUAUUCACUGGAGCUGCCUAGCUUCUACCUGAAUCACAUUAAAUAUUUAUCCUUUACCACUUGCCAAUCUUAUAAUUCUAUUGGUUUCUAUAUACUUCUGAUACCGUUUGGGCAUUCUGGAUCUAUUUGUAUAUUUGAUCCAUUAAAGUAUGUAGUGCACUGAAAACUUCAAACUUCUUUCCUCCCUUCCUCAAUUUAAUAAUCAGAUCAUGAUAAACUUAUAAAAUUAUUUAGUAUGUCCAAUGGUAAUGUUUACUUAUUUUUUUCAUUGUGUCCAACUCUUUGUGACCCUCUUGGGUCAUUUUUUGCAGAAAUACUGAAGUUUGCCAUUUCUUUCUCUGGCUCCUUUUACAGAUGAGGAAUUGGGGCAAACAGGGUUAAGUGACUUGCCCAGGUUCAUAUAGCUACUUAGUGCUGAGGCUGGGUCUGAACUUAGCAAAGAUGAGUAAAUAAGCUUUUGUAGGUUUUAGAAAUCAGGAUUCAAGAAGAUUUUGUCUCAGCAUAUAUCCAUCAGUCAAGCUGGAUUUUAUAGGGAAUUUUCUACCAAAGAAAAAUUCUAGGUGUGACAUGGAAACUGUGAAUGAAGUCAGAUGCUAUACAGCCAAAAAGACAUUGUUCAUAGAAGAAAAUUAGAAUGGCAAAGAUAAUUAUUUUUUAAAAAUAAUAACCUUUUAUUUUCAAAAUAUAUGCAAAGAUAUUUUUUCUUUAAAGGAUAUUUUUCCUUAGUACACAAACUGGAGGAAGUAUGACAUAAUCAAAAGAGCAGCCUGAGAAUCAGGAAACCAGAGUUGAAAUCUCUGGCUCUGCCACUGACUAGUUGGAAGGUCAAAGAUAAUCUAUUCCAGCAUCAAUUUCCUCAAUCCUAAAUUAAGAUGGUUAGACUAAUUGAUAAUCAAGGCUUCUUCUAUGAUCUUUUCAUUCAAAGCCCAAUUCUACUCUACGCAAUUGAGUAGAUCUUCCUUGUCACUUCUAUUAAGUCAAAUCAAAUAUUAAAUCAACUGGCUUUAAAAACCCUUCAUAAACUGGCCCAGCAGCUAGAUGGUACCAGACCUGGAUAGCUGAGUUCAAAUCCCACCUCAGACUCUUAUUAGUUGUGUGACCUUGGACAAGACACUUAACCCUGUUUGCCUCAGUAUCCUCAUUUGUAAAAUUAUCUGGAGAAAGAAAUUACAAACUACUCCAAUAUCUUUGUCAAGAAAACUCCAAAAUGGGACAAGAGUUGGAUAUUACUGAACCAACUGAAUUGUAACAAACUGGCCUUUUCUUACUUGUUCAGUCUUUUUAUGUUUUUCUUCCCUUUUAUUUUCUUUUACAUUCAGCUACUCUAGCCUCCUUACUGUUCUUCACACAAAACACCCCGCUUCCCGACUCCAUACUUCACCACCGGAUCUCUUCCAUGCCCAAUCUUUCGUCCUUCUUCAUCUCCACCUCCUAUCUUCUCUGACAUUUUUUAACAUUCAAAUCAACUUAAGCAUUCUUCAAGAAACUUUUCUGUCCCACUUCCCACCUCAGCCCUCUACCCCCACCUCCAGUGCUGGUGCUUUCCUUGUAUGAUUACCUAUAUUUUAUCCUGUACAUAUUUUACACGUCCAUACAUAUAAAAUGUUUACAUGUUGUUCCUUUCAUUAGAAUAUGAGCUCCUUAAAGGCAGGAACUGGUCUUUGUCUUCCUUUAUUUUAUUUGUCUUCCAGCAUGUAGCACAAUGAUUGGCAUGUUAUAAGCAUUUAAUAAAUGUGCGUUGACUUGCUUGUUUA